GGCGGGACUUCCUAACAGAUCUAGCAUCGCGGCCUCAGCUGAAGGGCACUUGUUUCAUUCUGUUUGCACAGGGGUCGAGCCGUAAAGGACCAUUAACAACCCAUCAUGGGAGGACACGACGCAACCCAGCACCAGUUCACUGGCUUUGCAAAGUACUUCAAUGCAUACACAAUCACAGGAAGGAGGAAUUGUGUUUUGGCCACAUAUGCCAGUCUACUAGCCAUCGGCCUUUUCUUCAAAUUGAAGCCCAAGAAACAGGCCGCUGUCACAGAGAAGUGAUCAUGCGUCCUUUUCGACCACCGUUUCUAACAGCUGGGAGAGGAGAAAGCAUCUGGACAUGCUUGUAAUAAAAUAUCACUGUUUGGUUUCCCUGUGUUAACAAUAAAGAACAUUUAUGCCCAAAA